AUGGGGGUGACGGUGGAGGUGCACCGCGUGUACCGGUACCCCUUCGAGCAGGUGGUGGCCAGCUACCUCCGCAAGUAUCCCAGUCCCAUGGAGAAACACGUCAUGGCUGUAGAAACAGUGGAAGAGAAAACAGAUUUGUCUACGGGGAUUAUUUACCGGAGGAGAAUUGCAACGUGCCAGAAUGUAAUUCCUGAAAUUUUAAGAAAGGUCAGUGUCCUAAAAGUGCCCGACAUCUACUUGGAAGAGGAAUCUUGGCUUAAUAUGCAGAAAAGAAACAUGGCUAUGAAAACUCAUUGUCUUACGUGGACACAGUACGCAUCUCUGAGUGAGGAGUCUGUCUUCAGAGAGAGCUUGGAGAAUCCAAACUGGACAGACUUCACACAGAAAGGCAGAAUAUCAGUUACGGGGGCAGGUUUGCUCAACUGUGUGUUGGAAGCUUUUGCUCAGUCAUUUUUAAAACAAGGUGUGAAGAAGGGUAUUAAAAUAAUGGAGACACUUCUUCAGGAACAGUGUGGGUGAUCGUGCUGUUAAUGAGCAGCUGAGAAAAUGUAUUUGCAUAGAGUUUCCUUGGAACCACAUAUCUUCAUUGCCAUCGGAAUUCCAUGGCUGUUGUCUGAACUUUACUGGUACUGUUUUAUCGAGGAAAGAGUGUUUAAUGUGCACAGCUGGAAGAAAAGAAGACCACAGGCUGCAAAUCUUUUACAAAAGAUUAGGGAAUCAUACUACUUAAGGAAAUGUUGAUCAUGAAAAUCAUGGAGGAACAAGUGUAAGCUUGGAAACAGCAUCUUCUGUGAAUUGGUGCUAUAAUCUCUAGAGGCUGAGAAUUUGGUAAGGGAACAUAGAGCAACAAAACAAAAAUAGCCCUUGUUGCUAUGAAGACACCCUUGCCUAGUCAACCACUUGCUUUGUGUCUUAUCAAGGGAGGUGCAAGCACUCCCUGCGUGCUGUUUCUUCCACAGCUUAAUUCUGUGGGGUAGAGGUUUCAUUCUACAGAAAUGAAGCUCAGCUGUAGCAGCUGAGUAGGGUUACUGUUCCCCACUUGAGUCAGUCAUUACUUCAGUUCUGAUUGCUGUGUUGGAAAUAUUUGGUUAUUACACCCCUGCCAGUAUGAUUAUUUUCAGCUGUAAAGACAUGCCUCAAUACAAGUUUUACAUGUAUUUGAAUGCUUUCAGAAAGUAUUUCUCUCAUAUUGCUUCUGAGUAGAAGAAGAAGAAACCUGGACGGGAAUUAUCAAGUGCAAGUAAAGUUCCCGGCAAAGAGUGUCUCAUACUCUUUUCCUCCUUUUGUUUUAUUUUAAAUUUUUAAUUUAAAAUUCAGAUAAGCACAAACUAUCUUUGAUACCCUUUACUGAGUUAGGGUAAUACCACACUUCACAUUAAAGUCAGCCCCAUUAAAGUCAGUGUUUGUUUUUGUGGAGAUUUGAACCAGUUAUUUGAUUUCCCUAAAGCAAAAAGAUUGGCUUUGCAUUUUUCAGGGUGGGUUGUGUUUUACUUUCUCCAAUGGGAUGUAAACUCUCACUGGACUCUUCCUUAUGCUAUGCCUGAGUGCUGUGGUCCCACUUAUUUCAAUAUUUAAUGGUCUCAACUAUCCUAUUCCAAAGCUAAAUGAAUGUACUACUAAACAGCCCAGCCACAGACUGUGGCCACUCUCUGGUAGUGUAAAUCCAUGAAUCUUUGCUUCCGUAGCUGGUGCCAUAGGUUUAUGGUGUGUGAAAUGCUAGCCCAUACCUUGUGAUGAAAGAGCCAUGGCACGGUCCUUAGGAAAUGACGGUAUUUUGUAUUGGCACAGUGGAACAAAAUACUUUCCUUCAUCUUUCUUAUUUUAGUUGUUAACUGAUUCUUGUGAAUUUGGACUCUGAAUGCUGAACAGUAAAUAUUUAUGAAAUGUAAUGGCCAAGACUAAAUGCAUUCAUUAGCAUAUUUAUUUUUAUUGAGUUGCUGCUUUGUGUGCCUGAGGAAAUUAUCAAAUUACUUCUAUUUGAACUGCUGUGUACAAUUUUAGGACUAACAUUUUUAUUCUUGCAUCACUCUGGAUUUUGGAAUUAGGAUAGGAAGCAUUUGCGUCCUCCCCCACCCCCAAAGUAGAAGUAGUCUUUGAAUAAUGCAAGUCCAGUAAAAUCCAGUCUCUUCUUCAAAGGCUCAGUUGCCCAUCUGCUUACUGCUCGGUGCCAGAAAGAGGAGGGUUAAGACCUCUCCUGGGAGCAAGGUGCUUGUUGUGAGGCCAGAGAGUAUGGUCAGGGAGGUGGAAUCACCUGGCCCUCGCUGGAGGUAGCAGGACCACCUGGGCUUAUCCCCGGGGCUCAGGUCUGCCCCUGGCCUGCUGGAGAGCAGCGCCGCCGCGACCCUGCUCCAGCCUGCGAACCGGCAGCUGCCAGCAGCUUUUGUUUUGAAGAUCAAGUGCUGUGUCCCGUCUUGGAGCUUAAGUCAUCCCACUGCUAAAGGGCGUCCCUGCAUUUCCCCUGGGAGCCGUCACCGGUCCCAGGGAGGUCUGAGGGGCUCUUGUCGGCAGGGUGGAUGGAGUCCCUCUGGGUGCUGCGAAGCGAGAGAUCGGGACAUGCGGAUGUGAUGGGCAUGUUCCCGGGGGACCGUGUGCGGCAUCGCGGUAUUGAACAUACAGGUCAAUCCCAGUGGGCAAUUAACUUCACCCAUCUAAUGUUUUUUUCAGAAAUAACUUGCCUUUUUUUUUUUUCUGUGUCUCUACAUUUCCUCCUGAUGUAUAUUGGCAUAGCAAGAUGAAGAUAAACAUUUUCAGAUACAGAAAAUAAACUGACCAGAUCUGAUGUCCCCUCUCAGACCAUCUGUAAGACAGUGAGUGUUGUUACACUGAUCUCUAGGCAUAAUGAGAAUCCCCUAAUUGCUCAAAAAAUAAGAAAGCUCCCUGUUUGUAAGUUUUAUGUAAUUGUUCAAAUGCUUAAAACUUUCACCGACUGCAAUCAUGAUGGUUUAAAUGAUGAUCUGACUUACUCAUAGUACUCUUCCUGGGACCUGGACAGUGGGAGCUUUGAAAAUGUUGGCCUCUAGAAAUCAGUGUUCCCAGCAGUCCUGCCAGCCUCUUUUUCUAAAUAACAGGAUGGUGAACAAAAAGGAAAUACUAUUUUUUGGUUUGUUUUAUGAAACUAGUUACUAAACACUUGUUUAAUUGUAGCAAAGUUAAAUGUAAAAAUUAAGAAAAUUAGUAUUUCAUUCUCUUAAUUGUAUUGUAGUGUCCU